AUGGACUGUGCUGAGAACAGCUCCAGUGUGUCAGCCUCAGCCAGACCAGAGGUGACUCAGCCAUAUUCUGUCAGCAGGUUAUUGUUGGACCCAAACAGGACGUUACUGUUUUGUCAUGAAUCUGACACAGGCGCUGAAACUAGUCACUUAUUCAGUGACACCACCGGUAAGAGUUCACUCAGUCUCUCCCUUUUGUAGCUUCUCUUUUGAGCUCAAUGUUGGCUUGAGUAGGUAAAAUCAAGUUUGCUGUGAAAUUGCAAUAAGAGAGGAUGAGUGAUUUACCUGAUAAAAUAUGUUUGACUGAUUUUAUUGUUUGGUGUAGAAAUUGAGUCAGUUGUUUAUCUAUUUUGUGUUAGUUUCAAUGGUUUACUUUCCUACUGAAUGUCACAAUCAGUGUAACCAUUAGGAUUGGGAAGUGCUUAAAGGCUAACAUCAUGUACAGUUAGGAUCAAACAAUGUGAGUUUACUGGCUGUAACUCCCCCUUAGUGAUAUGAUUUAUCUGCCUCUCAAAAUUAGUAUUUUUCAAGUUUCACAUAACUAUUAAUCUAAUGACUGGAUGAAAGUGACUCACAUUCUGGAGUAUCUGUCUUCAUAUUUUUCAUCUAAACCUCUUAAGGUAUUUAAACGUGGGGCUAUAUGGGGUUUUACUGUGGCAAAUGUGGUUCUGCCUUAAUUCCUUGGCAACAAAGGGCAAUAGAAAGUGCUGUAUGAGUGGGAGUGGCAGAAGGGGUGGAGCCUCCCAUUGGUGCAGGUGAGGUUUGUUUCUGCAGGGUGAUUUUCAGUGGUCAGUACUCAUUAGCUAUUGAUAACCCGGCUCACCUUUCAACCGGACCGCCAACUCAGGGUCAUUUUGAAAGAGGUGGUGAAAAAAUGUAUUGGAUUUGAAGCACUGUAUGGAUCUUUAAUUUCGUUGCCCCCAACGUGGAUUAUGAUAUGGGAUAGAGAGCAAGGUGUUUUUGCGUAGAAGAGAGGAGGCCACAGGUGUGUGUUGAUAGGCUGAUCUCCCAGAGGGGAAUGGAAGUGAGAUACAGAGAAGAAGUGGUGAGUACAAAGAACACUGCUUUAAUGGUCUUUUAUGAAAAGCAGGAAAGUACCUAAAGAUUUUGUUGCUACCUUUUUUGAGGAAGUGUGGUUUAAGAUUGUUUUAUUAUGAUCAUUGUGUGGCUUUUUUGUGUGUGUGUGUGUGUGAGGGGGGGGGGGGGGGCUGUUAAGGUAUACAUAAAUACUGUGGUUCCAGAAAGUUUAGCAAUUCUGCACUGGAAAAAGUAAUUAGUUCUGCUAACAAUUUAUUUUGGUGGAAACUCGUUGCCUAGAACCAUUUGAGUAACCAAACUCAAAGUACAGUGCAUUCGGAAAGUAUUCAGACCCCUUCCCUUUUUCCACAUUUUGUUACCUUACAGCCUUAUUCUAAACUGGAUUAAAUAAAUGUUUUUCCUUAUCAAUCUACACACAAUACCCCAUAGUGGCAAAGCGAAAACAGGUUUUUAGAUUUUUUUGCACAUUUAUAAAAAAUAAACAACAUACCUUAAUUACAUUAGUAUUCAGACCCUUUGCUAUGAGACUCAAAAUUGAGCUAAGGUGCAUCCUGUUUCUAUUGAUCAUCCUUGAGAUGUUUCUACAGCUUGAUUGGAGUCCACCUGUGGUAAAUUCAAUUGAUUAGACAUGAUUUGGAAAGGCGCACACACUUGUCUAUAUAAGGUCCCACAGUUGACAGUGCAUGUCAGAGCAAAAACCAAGCCAAGAGGUCGAAGGAAUUGUCCGUAGAGCUCCAAGACAGGAUUGUGUUGAGGCACAUAUCUGGGGAAGGGUUCCAAAAAAUGUCUGCAGCAUUGAAGGUCCCCAAGAACACACUGGCCUCCAUCAUUCUUAAAUGGAAGAAGUUUGUAACCACCAAGACUCUUCCUAGAGCUGGCCGCCCGGUCAAACUGAGCAAUCGGGGGAGAAAGGCCUUGGUCAGGGAGGUGACCAAGACCCCAAUGGUCACUCUGGCAGAGCUCCAGAGUUCCUCUGUGGAGAUGGGAGAAUCUUCCAGAAAGACAACCAUCUCUGCAGCACUCCACCAAUCAGGCCUUUAUGGUAGAGUGGCCAGACAGAAGCCACUCCUCAGUAAAAGGCACAUGACAGCCCGCUUGGAGUUUUCCAAAAGGCCCCUAAAGGACUCUCAGACCAUGAGAAACAAAAUUCUCUGUUUUGACGAAACCAAGAUUGAACUCUUUGGCCUGAAUGCCAAGCGUCACGUCUGUAGGAAACCUGGCACCAUCCCUACGGUGAAGCGUGGUGGUGGCAGCAUCGUGCUGUUGGGAUGUUUUUCAGCGGCAGGGACUGGGAGACUAGGUAGGAUUGAGGCAAAGUACAGAGAGAGCCUUGAUGAAAACAUGCUCCAGAGCACUCAGGACCUCAGACUGGGGUGAAGGUUCACCUUCCAAAAGGACAACGAUCCUAAGCACACAGCCAAGACAAUGCAGGAGUGGCUUUGGGACAAGUCUCUGAAUGUCCUUGAGUGGCCCAGCCAGAACCCGGACUUGAACCCGAUCGAACAUCUCUGGAGAGACCUGAAAAUAGCUAUGCAGCGACGCUCCCCAUCCAACCUGACAGAGCUUGAGAGGAUCUGCAGAGAAGAAUGGGAGAAACUCUCCAAAUACAGGUGUGCCAAGCUUGUAGCAUCAUACCCAAGAAGAAUUGAGGCUGUAAUCACUGCCAAAUGUGCUUCAACAAAGUACUGAGUAAAGGGUCUGAAUACUUAUGUAAAUGAGAUGUUAGUUGUUUAUUUUUAAUAAAUGUGCUAAAAUGUCUAAACCUAUUUUUGCUUUGUCCUUAUAGGGUAUUGUGUGUAGAUUGAUGAGAGGGGAAAAAAACAAUUUAAUCCAUUUUAGAAUAAGGCUGUAACGUAACAAUGUGGAAAAAGUUAAGGGGUCUGAAUACUUUACGAAUGCACUGUAUGUCUGUGUUCAAUACUUCAAGUAUAAAAGUGACAUCACCACCCAUAUGGUUAUAUUUUUUUAUUCUAAAUACUUAACUUUUUUGUGUUUUAUGACUUGACACUAAAGUGCAUUAUGUAUUCUGAACUAUAACGAUUUGAAGUUAAUGUUUGUUGAAGUGAACUUAAAUAACCUUCAUUACUAAUUUUUGUCAAGUGUAAGUAGUUCUGAUUAGUAACUUUCAGUGGUUGUGUCUUAAUGUUUAACAUUGUUUUAUGUAUUUGACAUUUGAACCUACUUUAGCAGGCAAUGUUGAGCAGUGCUCAUUAAGUGGUGCAUAUAACCUUUGUUGAUGGUGGGGAAUGGCUUGUCUCAUUAUUGAACGUCAGUUUGCAUGACGGUUUUGAUAUCCGUUCAUCAUGAUCAAUUACACCUCAUAGCACAACAAACUGGUUAAUACUAUUUUAGAAAUAUACUUUCUUCAAACAUGCAUACAUCAUUGUGUAAAAGUGUCAUAAAGUCAAAUUGGGAAUUACCCACAAUCCUCUAAAAACAGAGCCACGUGGCAGUAUUAAGUAUUCAUAACUUGCAAAAACGUAAUUCUAGAAAAGUACAACACAGAUAAAUCAAGUGUUGUUGUUUUUUACUCAUAUUAAAAUGUCUGACUACUACUUUAUUAUUUUAAGUAAAGGCGUAAAACAUAAUAUAAUUAAGUAAGAACAACUUAUUUAAUAAAUGACUUGUAAAAAACUAGUGAAUAACCUAAUAUUUGUUUAAAGUACUCAAACAUUAAGUGAUAAGAACAUCUGAUUUAAGUACCACUUGUAUGAUUUCAGUUCUACAAGCAGUUGAAGAUGUUUAAGUAACUACUACUCAAUUGUUUUAAUGAGUUAGGUAAAAAAAAUGUGUGUGUAAAUUUCUCUGAAUGCAUUUAACCUACUCAUGUUAUUUCUGACAAGUUUCACCUUCCUUUUUUGAGAAAGUGUGGUUUAAGAUUGUGUUUGAGUCAUGUCUUUGACAUUUUUCUAACAGAAUAAAAGAAAACAAGCCAAGAUUGUUGAUUGUCAGAAUCCCAAGCUAAAUGUACACAGUCAAGAAUGUUUUUCUAUGUUUUAUGUGCUUAGAAAUCUCCACUUGUUCACUACCCUUCUUUGCUGAAGAUGUAGUCGUAUCCUUUUCAUACACAGACCGAAAUCCCACAUUUACUAUGCCUGCUUUUUUUUGCCUGCUUUUUUGUAUAUCUGAAAGGGGUAGGGGUUAAAAAACAAGGAAAAAUAAAACCCACCUAAAAACCUAGUCAUGAUUCCUGCAUUUUCACAGACAGUAGCUAGGUUUCCAUCCAAUUGGCAACAGUUUAAUGCGAAUAUAAAAAAAUACAACAAAUAGAAUACGCAAAUGUUCCCACCAGAGAUGUUUCCAUCCAAUUUACUUGUUGCAGAUAAGGAUAUGUAUGUGUGUGUGUGUGUGUGUGUGUGUGUGUGUGUGUAUAUAUAUAUAUAUAUACAGUGGGGGAAAAAAGUAUUUAGUCAGCCACCAAUUGUGCAAGUUCUCCCACUUAAAAAGAUGAGAGAGGCCUGUAAUUUUCAUCAUAGGUACACGUCAACUAUGACAGACAAAAUGAGAAAAAAAAAUCCAGAAAAUCACAUUGUAGGAUUUUUAAUGAAUUUAUUUGCAAAUUAUGGUGGAAAAUAAGUAUUUGGUCAAUAACAAAAGUUUCUCAAUACUUUGUUAUAUACGCUUUGUUGGCAAUGACACAGGUCAAACGUUUUCUGUAAGUCUUCACAAGGUUUUCACACACUGUUGCUGGUAUUUUGGCCCAUUCCUCCAUGCAGAUCUCCUCUAGAGCAGUGAUGUUUUGGGGCUGUCGCUGGGCAACACAGACUUUCAACUCCCUCCAAAGAUUUUCUAUGGGGUUGAGAUCUGGAGACUGGCUAGGCCACUCCAGGACCUUGAAAUGCUUCUUACGAAGCCACUCCUUCGUUGCCCGGGCGGUGUGUUUGGGAUCAUUGUCAUGCUGAAAGACCCAGCCACGUUUCAUCUUCAAUGCCCUUGCUGAUGGAAGGAGGUUUUCACUCAAAAUCUCACGAUACAUGGCCCCAUUCAUUCUUUCCUUUACACGGAUCAGUCGUCCUGGUCCCUUUGCAGAAAAACAGCCCCAAAGCAUGAUGUUUCCACCCCCAUGCUUCACAGUAGGUAUGGUGUUCUUUGGAUGCAACUCAGCAUUCUUUGUCCUCCAAACACGACGAGUUGAGGUUUUACCAAAAAAGUUCUAUUUUGGUUUCAUCUGACCAUAUGACAUUCUCCCAAUCCUCUUCUGGAUCAUCCAAAUGCACUCUAGCAAACUUCAGACGGGCCUGGACAUGUACUGGCUUAAGCAGGGGGACACGUCUGGCACUGCAGGAUUUGAGUCCCUGGCGGCGUAGUGUGUUACUGAUGGUAGGCUUUGUUACUUUGGUCCCAGCUCUCUGCAGGUCAUUCACUAGGUCCCCCCGUGUGGUUCUGGGAUUUUUGCUCACCGUUCUUGUGAUCAUUUUGACCCCACAGGGUGAGAUCUUGCGUGGAGCCCCAGAUCGAGGGAGAUUAUCAGUGGUCUUGUAUGUCUUCCAUUUCCUAAUAAUUGCUCCCACAGUUGAUUUCUUCAAACCAAGCUGCUUACCUAUUGCAGAUUCAGUCUUCCCAGCCUGGUGCAGGUCUACAAUUUUGUUUCUGGUGUCCUUUGACAGCUCUUUGGUCUUGGCCAUAGUGGAGUUUGGAGUGUGACUGUUUGAGGUUGUGGACAGGUGUCUUUUAUACUGAUAACAAGUUCAAACAGGUGCCAUUAAUACAGGUAACGAGUGGAGGACAGAGGAGCCUCUUAAAGAAGAAAUUACAGGUCUGUGAGAGCCAGAAAUCUUGCUUGUUUGUAGGUGACCAAAUACUUAUUUUCCACCAUAAUUUGCAAAUAAAUUCAUGAAAAAUCCUACAAUGUGAUUUUCUGGAGAAAAAAACAUCUCAAUUUAUCAUAGGACACUUCAACUGUGAGAGACGGAAUCUAAAACAAAAAUCCAGAAAUUCACAUUGUAUGAUUUUUAAGUAAUUAAUUUGCAUUUUAUUGCAUGACAUAAGUAUUUGAUCACCUACCAACCAGUAAGAAUUCCGGCUCUCACAGACCUGUUAGUUUUUCUUUAAGAAGCCCUCCUGUUCUCCACUCAUUACCUGAAUUAACUGCACCUGUUUGAACUCGUUACCUGUAUAAAAGACACCUGUCCACACACUCAAUCAAACAGACUCCAACCUCUCCACAAUGGCCAAGACCAGAGAGCUGUGUAAGGACAUCAGGGAUUGUAGACCUGCACAAGGCUGGGAUGGGCUACAGGACAAUAGGCAAGCAGCUUGGUGAGAAGGCAACAACUGUUGGCGCAAUUAUUAGAAAAUGGAAGAAGUUCAAGAUGACGGUCAAUCACCCUCGGUCUGGGGCUCCAUGCAAGAUCUCACCUCGUGGGGCAUCAAUGAUCAUGGGGAAGGUGAGGGAUCAGCCCAGAACUACACGGCAGGACCUGGUCAAUGACCUGAAGAGAGCUGGGACCACAGUCUCAAAGAAAACCAUUAGUAAUUUUGUGUGUGUGUGUGUGUGUGUGUGUGUGUGUACAGUGAGGGAAAAUAGUAUUUGAUCCCCUGCUGAUUUUGUACGUUUGCCCACUGACAAAGAAAUUAUCAGUCUAUAAUUUUAAUGGUAGGUUUAUUUGAACAGUGAGAGACAGAAUAACAUCAAAAAAAUCCAGAAAAACGCAUGUCAAAAAUGUUAUAAAUUGAUUUGCAUUUUAAUGAGGGAAAUAAGUAUUUGACCCCUCUGCUAAACAUGACUUAGUACUUGGUGGCAAAACUCUUGUUGGCAAUCACAGAGGUCAGACGUUUCAUGUAGUUGGCCACCAGGUUUGCACACAUCUCAGGAGGGAUUUUGUCCCACUCGUCUUUGCAGAUCUUCUCCAAGUCAUUAAGGUUUCGAGGCUGACGUUUGGCAACUCGAACCUUCAGCUCCCUCCACAGAUUUUCUAUGGGAUUAAGGUCUGGAGACUGGCUAGGCCACUCCAGGUCCUUAAUGUGCUUCUUCUUGAGCCACUCCUUUGUUGCCUUGGCCGUGUGUUUUGGGUCAUUGUCAUGCUGGAAUACCCAUCCACGACCCAUUUUCAAUGCCCUGGCUGAGGGAAGGAGGUUCUCACCCAAGAUUUGACGGUACAUGGCCCCGUCCGUCGUCCCUUUGAUGCGGUGAAGUUGUCCUGUCCCCUUAGCAGAAAAACACCCCCAAAGCAUAAUGUUUCCACCUCCAUGUUUGACGGUGGGGAUGGUGUUCUUGGGGUCAUAGGCAGCAUUCCUCCUCCUCCAAACACGGCGAGUUGAGUUGAUGCCAAAGAGCUCCAUUUUGGUCUCAUCUGACCACACCCAGUUCUCCUCUGAAUCAUUCAGAUGUUCAUUGGCAAACUUCAGACGGGCAUGUAUAUGUGCUUUCUUGAGCAGGGGGACCUUGCGGGCGCUGCAGGAUUUCAGUCCUUCACGACGUAGUGUGUUACCAAUUGUUUUCUUGGUGACUAUGGUCCCAGCUGCCUUGAGAUCAUUGACAAGAUCCUCCCGUGUAGUUCUGGGCUGAUUCCUCACCGUUCUCAUGAUCAUUGCACGAGGUGAGAACUUGCAUGGAGCCCCAGGCCGAGGGAGAUUGACAGUUAUUUUGUGUCUCUUCCAUUUGCGAAUAAUCACACCAACUGUUGUCACCUUGUCACCAAGCUGCUUGGCGAUGGUCUUGUAGUCCAUUCCAGCCUUGUGUAGGUCUACAAUCUUGUCCCUGACAUCCAUGGUGGAGAGUUUGGAAUCUGAUUGAUUGAUUGCUUCUGUGGACAGGUGUCUUUUAUACAGGUAACAAGCUGAGAUUAGGAGCACUCCCUUUAAGAGUGUGCUCCUAAUCUCAGCUCGUUACCUGUAUAAAAGACACCUGGGAGCCAGAAAUCUUUCUGAUUGAGAGGGGGUCUAAUACUUAUUUCCCUCAUUAAAAUGCAAAUCAAUUUAGAACAUUUUUGACAUGCGUUUUUCUGGAAAUGUUUGUUGUUAUUCUGUCUCUCACUGUUCAAAUAAACCUACCAUUAAAAUUAUACACUGAUAAUUUCUUUGUCAGUGGGCAAAUGUACAAAAUCAGCAGGGGAUCAAAUACUUUUUUCCCUCACUGUAUGUAUGUGUGUGUAUGUAUGUAUGUAUGUAUGUAUGUAUGUAUGUAUGUAUGUAUGUAUGUAUGUAUGUGUGUAUAUAUAUAUAUAUAUAUAUAUAUAUAUAUAUAUGCAAGAAAAAAAACAUAUGGGGGAUUGGAAGUGAUGCAGACAAUUACAAUGAUGGAAGUUACAAUCUAUCUGCAAUAUUAAAGCUGAUCUACCCCCUAAUUUUUCUUUAUUUUAAAAAUAGUUUAAUGCAAAUAUUAAAAAAUACCACAAAUAGAAUAUGCACAUUUUCCCACCAGAGUUGUUUCCAUCCAAUUGACUUGUUGCAGAUAAGUCUGUACGUAGUGCACAUAAAAAUAACUUCAGGUUAAAUUCCCAUCUACCAAAUAAAAAAAUACACAUUUAAAUGGGUUUCCAUCGCAUUUAACUCUGAUGGUUUUGUCACUAAAAAUGUUGCGUUUAUAUAGCGAAUGUGCCCACUCUGGUAUUGGCAUGUGCGCUUUAGCCAACAGCUCGCAAAUACAGUGCGCGUAUAGCCUACAUAAUGAGAUUAUUUUAAUUAUUUUAAUUUGUCAAACUGCAGCCAAACAUCUAUCAUUAUGUCACCAGAAUAAGACCCUCAAUAUUUAUUGAAAAGGAGCAUCAAGCUCAUCACCGUGCACUUUCACCACCCUGUGACGUUUAUCAUAAUUUAUUUCAUCUGUAGCCUAAUAAAACUGCGUGCUUUCCCGAGUCGUAGUGGGAGGACCACACACCUUGUUAUCGCGUGACUCCAAGUUUACGUUAAUAUGCUGGUUACCCAGCCAACAUUUCUAUGUGGGGCCCAUAUGGGUUAAUGAAGGGCUGUUCCAUGGGCCCCAUUAGGUAUCCACAUUGGCCCCACAUGUGGUUGCCAUUUUUGGCUUUAUGUGGGUUCAUGUUGGGCUUCAUAAGUUGUGAAGCCCAACAUGGCAACUGCAUGGGGCCAACGUGGAUACUGAGGACAUCUUUAUGGGCCCCUUGUGGUUAUACGACAUUGGCCCCAAGUGUUAACCCUUCUUUAACCCACCUAGGCUAAAACCUGGGGGCCAUGUGGGUUAUCGCACUUACCUGCAUGGGUCCCAGGUGUUUACCCAAAUGGGUGUGUAGUGACCUAUAUGGGCAAUAAGUAGGCUGUAAAAUGUGGUUUUCAAUUGCGCUAUCCACCUGGGACCAAACUGGUUUUGUUCUUAGUCUCCAUGCAGACCCCAGAUGUUGUUGCCCGAGCAAGCUUUCUUAAGAGAUGACAAAAGCAGUUCUUUAUAAAAUAAAUUGUUUAUUUAUAGCACAUGCUCAGAUCAAAUACAAUGCAGGAACUCUGAUUACAGGUAUAGUUCAAUCUAAUUACAAAUGUACACAUUGGUUUCCUCACCCAGUAUACAAUUCCAAAAAUGUGCAUGUCAGCAGUGAGGUUCUCAAGAUGGAGGACUUUCAGUACAGUAGUGUUCCCCAAUCCUGGUCCCAAAGGGGUGUGCAUGUUUGUUUUUGCCAAAGCACUCACAUACCUUAUUCAAUUCAAAGACUUGAUGAUGUGUUGCUUAGUUGAAUCAUGUGCACCACUUUCAGUCCCCAGGACAAGGAUUGCGAAACACUGCAGUACAGAACAAAAAGUGAAAUGAUGCAAAUUAUAUGCAAGAUCAUUUUGCUCAUUUGCAUCAUCAUACUUUUUGCGCUGCACUGAAAGUACUGAAAACUUUAUUGCUAACAUGCACCAUUUUUUGUAUUAUUUUAACAGUAGACUAAUGAACAAAGUACUACAAUAAUGUUUUUUUUGUAAAACAUCCCUUUCAGGAAAGCUGUGUCGAGUAACUUUUGCUCCAUCACCUCCACAUCCUGGACAGUAUUCAUAGUGUAAUCAACCCCCUCAGGUAGUGUUGCUGUCGCCGUGUUUCCACUGUCAGGUCCUGACUCUUAUUCAUCCAUGUCUGAGUCCGUCUGCAGAUCAGAUCUCCUCUGCCUUUUUACGUUUGAUCCAGGCCUGUUCAUAGGUAGCGGUGAAAAUAAACCAUCAUUCAGUAUUUAGGCUACUGAUCUAGUGCAGCAUUUCAGACUUUAUCCAAGGACUCUACAUUUAAAUGUUUUACAUUUUAGUCAUUUAGCAGACGCUCUUAUCCAGAGCGACUUACAGUUAGUGAGUGCAUACAUUUUCAUACUGGCCCCCCGUGGGAAACGAACCCACAACCCUGGCGUUGCAAGCGCCAUGCUCUACCAACUGAGCUACAUGGGGCUCAGUUGCCCCAGCUAAAUGCAUACCUUAGCUGGAAUCUAGUUGGGUUAACCUUUUGGGACAGACAUGGGCGCGUUUACACAGGCAGCUCAAUUCUGAUGUCAUUUGAACUUUUCUGGUCAGUCUGUUCUAACAAGUUGAUUUGGCUAGCUCAAUAAUUGACCAUGGUAUUUCAUUGACUUCAGUUAGUGUAGGAGGCCAAGUUUCUAAUUUCAGUUUCGGGUUUGUUUCAGUUCGAUUUUUACUAAAGUAACAAACGUUAUAAAAUAAAAAAUUCAUAAAUUCCACACAAAAAAAUACUUUAAUCCUUACAUCAAUUCCAUAUGGCUUAAAAAUCACUGGGGAAGCCAAGCUGUUAUUAUCAUUGGCCAGUACAGAGAAUUAAGUAAAACCACAAGUCCAAAUCCCUAUCUCCAUCCAUGGCUAAUUUAGGAAAGGGCCAAUUUUAGCUAGCUAGCUAGCUAGCCACCGGAGGACAACACAAUGAAAUGCAACAAUUCAAGUUGUUUCUGUUAAUGACGUAUGCUCUCAAAGCGAUUUGAUAGGAGAGACGCCAAAUCAAAGCUGACUUCCCUUGACACUUUAUUUUUUAUUUUUUCCAGGACCAUUUAUAGUUGAGCUUGCUCAGUUUAGCUCAACUCUGACACAUUUUUUACUACUUUUUUUGUCAAGGGAGGCCAAAUGCUCGCUGGCUUCCCUUGCAUUUAAUGCUACGGGCGGCAACAAUGUCAUACUCGUUUGGACCAGACAGUAUCAGAUAGAUGGCCUACAUGUAGAGAGACAGAGGGGCGCUGUUUCGCUCGCUCGGGUGCUAUCUGUGAGAUACAUUCAGCCUCUUGCGAAUUGAAGGAAAAUUAUGAAACAGAGAGACGAAAGAUACUAUUAUUUAUAUAUAAAUACACACUACCAGUCAAAAGUUUGGACACACCUACUCAUUCAAGGGUUUUUCUUUAUUUUUACUAUUUUUUACAUUGUAGAAUAAUAGUGAAGACAUCAAAACUACGAAAUAACGCAUGGAAUCAUGUAGUAACCAAAAAAGUAUUAAACAAAUCAAAAUAUAUUUUAUAUUUGAGAUUCUUCAAAUAGCCACCCUUUGCCUAGAUGACAGCUUUGUAAGUCGCUCUGGAUAAGAGCGUCUGCUAAAUGACUUAAAUGUAAAUGUAUAUUUAUUAUUAUAAUUGUUUUUUUGUUUUUUUAUGUCUUGGGGGAAGCCAUAGACAAUAUUAACACCAGAUAGCCAACUUACAACCUAUUUAGAAUUGAGUCAGGGCCUAUUUGGUACCCAUGUUGUAGCCCACAUGACAUGAUUGGGUCCCAGUCAUUAUUCCUGAAAAAAUAACACCAGAUUGCCCACUUACAGCCCAUUUAAAAAAUGAUUCAGGGCCCAUUUGGGACCCACACUAUAACCCACAUGGGUUUGUCAAUGUCUGGGCCAAAAGGUUAACCCAACUGGGUACCAGCUAAGAUAAACAUUUAGAGACCUUGCCCAGUUAAAACCCAGGUGGGGCCCACCUGGACAUGUUGACUGGGUAUUAUAUAAAUAUUUGCGCAUUAAAGCGUUUCCACUGCCAUUUCUCACUUAAUACAUUUUACAGACACAAAAAGAUCCCACCUUGUAUAGAGUAUUUUGUUUGGUUGACCUUACAGUGAAAUGCUUACUUACAAGCCCUUAAUCAAGAAUGCAGUUUUAAGAAAGAAUACCAAAAAAUGCAAAUAGUCUGGGUAGCCAUUUGAUUAGAUGUUCAGGAGUCUUAUGGCUUGGGGUUAGAAGCUGUUUAGAAGCCUCUUGGACCUAGACUUGGCGCUCCGGAUACCGCUUGCUGUGUAUGAGUCUUUGACCAUUUUUAGGGCCUUCAAAAUAAAAGUAUGUCAUUGACAGUGAUGCAAAUGAAUACAAAUAGUGGAAUUAUGCAAUGGAUCACGCUAAACGAGGUUGGAUUGUUGUUUAUAUAAAUUCAACAAAAUAACAUUUCUUUAAUUUGACAAAAAUCUGUUGAAAUCACACUGGAUGUAUUAGACUUUAGAAUUGCAUUGGGGGCAUAUUUAUUUCACUGUACAGCCUUACCUAUGGAUUAUGGAUCAAUGACAUGGGGUAUCAGUCUACUCAGUGACACCCAAAGAACAUUAGCGUCGUAGCUCUUAUUGCGGGACUCUGAAACCACUGUGAAUUGAGCCACAUUUAUUGUACCAGUCACCCUACUAUGUGUAUUGAACACUAUUCCAGAGGAAUAACUCUGAGGACGUUGGGAAAAAAGCUAUUGGUACUGAGUAGACUGACACCCCAUUUAAUUGAUCCCCAAUCUUUAGGUAAGGCUGUACAGUGCCAUAUGAAUGUCAAUACGCACAAUAGGCUGACUGGGGAGGUGAUUUCACACAGUCACUGUCCCGCGAUAAGAGCUACAAUGCUAAUAUUUGCGUAAACUCUUCACAGUUGUGUGGUGUGGGUGUCACCGAGUAGACUGAUACUCAUUUCAUUGCUCCACAUUCCAACCUUGUUUAACAUGGUCUAGUCUAAAUAUUGAAGUAUUUCACCAAUUGUGACCUACCUGCGUCACUUUCAAAGAGGUACUUUUAUUUUGAAGGCAAACUGCAAAUUCCACUAUUGUGGCUAAUCCUUAUUGUGGAUAUUUUCACAACACAUAAACCGGUCAGGUCAAUGCUCACCAGCCAGAUGAAGUUUACUGUCUGCUUAUAACGUUAGCUUUGGGCAACGGGGUUAAGUAGCUGGCUAGCUAGUUAUUUUCAUAAACUGAAGUUACAUUUCAAGUUCAAGUGGCUACCUAGCUUAUACCUACUCACAUGGAUUCCAAAAUCAUUGCAAAUAAUAUUGAAUAUGACUGCAGUUUCUAUUGGUUAUUGUUUUCAGGCUUACGUUAGUUGCAUUGGUGCUAGCUAGCUACCCCAGAAGUUGCUAAUAACAUCUCUAUCAAAUAUAUUUGCUAACAUUUUUGAUCCUGAUCAUUUGAUCCUGAUAUUAUUUCAAAUGAUUACAGACGUUUUCCCAUUCAGUCGAACAAAUAAUGCAUUAUUACCAACGCGCUUUUGUAAACACGUCGUUGGUUGCCGGUGUGUGCUUGUUUGCAGACUUUUUUUGUACAGCUUUGACAGUGCUACUGAUCGUAGUGGUGGCGCUUGGCUUGCACAUGCAAAUUAAGCACACACAACAUGCUAGAAUAUAAUUGUAUUAUUUGACACGUCAAAUAGUGUUAUUUGAAGUGUAUCUUUUUUGACACGCGAAGACCCAAACGGCGGUCCAUACAGCAAGGCCAUAAGUGCUGCCUGCUGAGUCUUUCCCCUGUGGCCCCUCCCCCAUACCUGCCAGACAAGAAUGGAAUGGGACAGGUAGGAGCACGUUGCUGUUGACUCACUCCUCUCCUCACUGUCUCUCAAACAACGCUGGGCUGUGUAAGGACAUAAAACAGCUGCUUCUGAUGUUGUUAUCUGACUUCUGUUGAAGUUGCUCUGGUUCAUUAAUGGCAAAAUGGAGAAUGCCGGUACUCUGCUAUUGGUUUAACAUGUUGUAAUGGGUUUGAUGUUUUGUUUUUCAGAAACCAGAGAUGGAGGAAUUAACAAUAUGGGAGCAGCAUACUAUAACACUCAGCAAAGUAAGUGUCUAUCUUGUUGUUUGGUCGGUCAGUGUUUUGAUGUUAUACUUUCACCUGAAACUUAACCGAUUGUACAGUACUUCACUUACUUCAAGGUACACUGAAUGAAAUAGCCUACUGAACCACUUUAGUUGGAAUGGAUUUAAGAGUAACUGCAGGAAUUAAGAGUAACAAAGACACGCCCUGCUCCCUGUUACUCUAGGUACAGGUCAGGUGACACACUUCAGUGCUGAUGGAAUGUGCUCACUCACUCACUCACUCUCUCCCCUUUAUCACCCUCCCUCUCUCGCAAUGGCAGGAUUCCAAGAUGGGGUUUGGCUUUGCGAUAUCAGGAGGCAGAGACCAGCCGAACCCGGACUCGGGGGACGCAUCCGUGAUAGUUUCAGAUGUGGUGCGUAACGGACCCGCUAUGGGACGGCUGUUGUAAGUCACCUACACCAUACACAUUUACCCUUCAGGCUAGCCAGUAGACCUGCUUGCUUACAGCUGCACUAGGGUCGGACAGACUUCCUGUGUAGAUUGACACCGCAGAGCCUACCUCAAUCCAGGGAUGAGAAAUGCGUUGUACUCUGAAUUGUCCCAGUAUCCCAACUGUUACACCAAGAUUGAACGACUGCUAGUUUUGAAGUAAAUUGCCCUUUUCAUCCUCAUGCUAGCUAGCAGUAGCCACAGCAGCCAUUAUGGAAUAGCACGUUGCGUUGAACAACAAAGGAGCUGAUUGGCUGAUACUGCCAUUCCCCAAAAAAUACAAUUGACUCCAAAAUGUAUAUAGCCUCCACAUUAAUGGUAGCAUCCACAUUAAUGUAGAAGUGUUUAGAAAACAUUAUUCUUAUUUACAAUAAAAGUGACUCCAAAAAGACACAAUACAUUAUUUACCAUUUUAUUUCUAUUGGGCACAAAAUAAUCUGAAAUGCAACCAAAACAAACAGCAAAUGCAUCCAACAAAUUUGCAGAGUCACAAGCUUGAUGUAGUUAUUGUGUGCUAUGAAUAUGGGACCAAAUACUUUUUACUUCUUUAAUACACCUAUAAGUGAAUUUGUCCCAAAAUGGGGGAACUAUGUACAAAAAGUGCUGUAAUUUCUAAACGGUUCACCCGAUAUGGAUAAAAAUACCCUCAAAUUAAAGCUUACAGUCUGUGCUUUAACCUCCUAGUCAUUGUGUCAUUUAAAAUCCAACGUGCUGGAGUACAGAGCCAAAACAACAAAACAUUUGUCACUGUCCCAAUACUUUUGGAGCUCACUGUAUAUAAACAUACACACACACAUACAAACACUUAAAAUCGCAUGUGUUUGAUCGUUAGGAGUGCUUGAUUACCUUGUUCUACCUCUCGUCCCUCUCCAACAGUGUCAGAGAUCAGAUCGUCAUGGUCAAUGGGGUGUCAAUGGAGAAUGUCUACUCUACCUUCACCAUCCAGAACCUCAAGUCAUGUGGCAAAACAGCCAACAUAGUGAGUACUGACAAAAACCUUAUGUACUGUUCUGUUUAGAUUAGUUAUUCUUGACAUCUUCAUGUGAUUUGUGAGCAAUUCCAACCCCAGGUUAUGGCUGUGAUAUCAUGAUUUCAGUACACCAGAAAAAAUAAAUGUAAUACAUUACUGACUCUCCCUCUCUCAGACAGUGAAGCGUCCUCGUAAGAUCCAGCUCCCCGCCAGCACCAGACCAUCGCGUGCUGCCUCUCACUCCAACCUGCUGGACCAGGACCCCCCACAGAGGCUCCGACGCUACUCCGAUGGCAGUGACCAGGCCCACAAAGCUGACCGCUAUCGCGCCCCCAGCUCCGCCUUCGACCGCAACGGGACCGCUCAUGCCCUGCCACUCAGUUCAGGGUACAAACGGCUCCCACCACAGGCCUUCCCAGACAAGCCAAUCAAAGCCACCCUGCUGAAGAAGAAACUCACAGAUGGUAAGGAGAAACCACAGGAGAGAGAAUUUGGGUCGUGUUUAUUAGGCCACGCCGUAGAAAAAGGUUUCAGUGUCAUCACAGAUCUGACAUAGAUGGGUGAAUGCAAGGCUUCCACUAUAUCAAUUUCAUGUUGCCUUUUUCUUCCUGUUUCAGAGUAUGGACUGAAGUUGGGAAGCCAGAUCUUCAUCAAACACAUGACUGAGACGGGUCUGGCUGCCAAGGAGGGCACUCUUCAGGAGGGAGACCUCAUUCUCAAGGUAAGAGAAAGCAGGCUGUUAUUAUGAUAUUUAAUCACAAAACAUUUGGUUUGUACAUAGUUGUGAUUCUUUACUGGGACCAUAAACCAAAUGCUCUUGAUGACAAAUACACUUGGUAUUCUAAUGGUGUCUGUUUCCAAUAUUUGUCAUUGUAUGAAGCCAAAGGAGAUUUCUGCAUUCUGUGACUAACGUUUUUCUACUUCCUGUCCAGAUCAAUGGGAUGACCACAGAGAACCUGUCCCUUCUGGAGACCAAGCACCUGGUGGAGAAGUCACGGGGAAAGCUGACCAUGAUGGUCCUGAGAGACGACCGCAAGUUCCUGGUCAGCAUCCCCGAGGUGGAGGACAGCGCCCCCAACAGCGAGGAGGACCACCCCGGCAACAGCAGCUCCGAACUGGAGGGUGAGGGAGAGAGGAAGGAGGGAGGGAGAGAGGGGGGGAUUAGUGUGUUAGGGAGAGAAUGUAGCAUCAGCACUGCACCUCAUGACUGGAGAGAGGGUGGAAGGAGUAAAGUGAUUGAUGUGAAUGUAAUGUCAUAAGCAGCCCCUGAACAGCAAAGUAAAAGUUGGUCCAGCUGAUCCAGUAUGUGAUUCCUAAGUGUUUUAAUGUAUUUCCUCGGUUGUCCUCAGACAUUUCAGACCUGGAUACAGACAUCCCCACUCCCAGAGACAGAGUGUCACGCUCUGCAACUAGAGAACGACGCACACGCAGGUAACCUCACCUGAAACAUGUUUAUUUCACCUAUUCUGAUCUUCUUAUUGAGAUGUCUGUACUUAAUACAACAUUUUCUUAAAGGAAAGGUUCACACAUUGUGAAUGUUAUAUUGUUUUUGUGCAUCUCCGAGUGAUAUUCUAUCGAUUCCCUGGGUCAUUUCAUGUUUUCAUGUGUAUCUGAAUUAUUGGCGUUCAAGCAGGCAGAAAUCCGUCCGGUAUGACGUAGCACUGUGAUAAAAUCACUCUCACUACACUGAAAGUUAAUAGGAAUACGACUUUUUGAUCUUGAAAACGUCUAUCAUACAUGUCAGAUUUCAAUACUGGCUGAUGUCAUAACUCGGGAGGAGGUCUUCUCUUGAAUGAGCCAUUGAUCAUAUUUUUGCGAUAUUCCUACCUUGAGAAAUUUGUAAUUUAACAGAGGGUCUAGCACAUUUCUCCUGUUGCUCUGCCUCUUUAGUCCAGGGUGCAUUGCAUGGUGCCGUUGCCAGAGAGGACUUGAAUGAAUGAAUGAAGGAACGUUUAACGCCCCAACCAGCAGACUGUCGACCAAUCGCAUUCACGUUGUCAUGCUGCGUCACGCGGUUGCUAAGCUAAUCGUUACGCAAUCCCUUCUCAAAGUCAGUGUAUAUGUCGAGAAACAUGCCUAUUUUCCUCAAGUACGUAAUGUCACGAUUCCAAAGCUAUACGAUAUUACAGAUGGCAGGUUCAUUAUCUCACAUCUCGGAGAAGAUUAACGUGUUAAAUUCCAAAUAGUUUGCAUAGUCAACUUACACACAGCUCUGACAAACACACUUACCCCACCAGAUAUGCCACCAGGGGUCUUUUCACACUCCCCAAAUCCAGAACAAAUUCAAGAAAGCGUACAGUGUUAUAUAGAACUCCUUUCCAUCUUAUAUUGCUCAAAUGAACAGCAAACCUGGUUAAAAAAAACAAACAGAUAAAGCAACACCUCAUGGCACAACGCCUCUCCCCUAUUUGACCUAGAUGGUUUGUAUGUAUGUAUUGAUAUGUAGGCUACAUGUACUACAUGGCCCAUUGACAUAGCAUGGGCAACAUUUCCCAUCUCCUCAAAAGUAUAUAUCUGCCAUUGCGAAUGUCAGACUCCACUCUGAGGCACAUCGAUCUGCAGGUUGAACAUGGUGAGAUAGUAGACUCCUAAAUUGAUAGUGCAGUUUUGUUUAGGUGAUUUUACAGAUUUUUUUGUCUUUGGUAUCUAGCUAGGUAGCCAGCCAGCCAGCCUGCCCAUAGAGAGAGCAUUGCACUGUGUAUUUUGUAGUCGACUGCAACAGAUUUCCACAACGAUUUUCCAUGUUUCUACCAACCUUAUUAUAAGGCCAAAAAUUACACAUUUGUUCACAAUUUUUUCUCUCAGAUAUUAGUGUUAUUUAACACUGUCAAUUAAAGGAGUUAGUGGAUUUUUCCUUUAAGUGACAAGUCUGCUUUUGACCUAUGUAUGACAAGGCUUUCUCUCUCUCUGGCUUGUUGCAGAAGAGCUGAGCCUCCUCCUCAAGUAGCUAAGUCACGUGAUCCGUCCCCGGUGCGGUCAACACUGUCCCGGCCUGUUGCAAAAGCCUACCCCUCUCACCGAGGUGAGUCCAGUUCUCAAUUCCUUCAUAAACAUUGGUCCAUCCCACUCAUGUGUAAUCCGUACCCUGUCAUAUUGACCUGAGCUGUGUGUUUCAAUCUAGCCCCCUCAGAGUCGGAGUCUGACCGCAGUGCCUCACCCACUCCAGUCAGGAAGGACAGCCCAGACCACGCCAACAAAUACAGGUGGGUUCAACCUCAAAUUAGACACGGUUGGUUUGAUAUUAUCUGUCUUAGUGUGUUUCAUUGAGGGGUGUUUCUCUCUUGCUGUAGAACUCUUUCAGGGGUGUCCACCCUCCCCAACCCCAAAGCCUCACCUGCCGUCCUCGACUGGGCCGCCCCACGUUCCUCCCGUCCCCCCUCCUCCACCUCCACCUUGAGACCUCGCAAAGGUAAACACACCACACAGGCUAUAGGGAAAUCUCAUCAAAUGACACUGAGUGGAUCAUGAUAAUAGCAUGUUCUCUCCCUCCCUCUCUCUCCUUCACUCUCUCUCCCUCUCCUUCCCUGUCUCUCUCUCUGUGUGUGUGUGUGUAUGUGUGUAGUGGUGUCAGAGUCGGACUCGGACCGCAGUGCCUCCCCACCCCCCAGAAGAGGGGAGAGUUCCCGAGUCACAGAGGACCACUCGAGAUACAGAGUGCUCCCUAACCUGCCCUACCCUGGGACACUGAGAGCCUCCCCCAUCACCAUUCGUCAGGAUCCCCCUCGACGGGUCUCCUCUCCUGUCAAAGCCCCACUCCCAGGUCAGUACCCACUACGUACACCCCUUGCCUCAACUUCCACAACAGGAACACCUUGACGGAACAUUGUAAGUGCAUUGAAAUGAGGUAGAAACGGCCACAUAAUUGGAGCAUUACCCCUGUUCUCUCCUCAGACUCUGAAUCUGAGUCAGACGGCAGCUCCGGGCCCGCCCACAGCCAGGACUCCCGGAGCAGAUACAGGUACAGAUGAGGCCCACCCCUACCAUCCUACCCCCCCAAGUCCCAGCAGGAGCCCCCGGACUGGGGCACUGGGCAGCCGAUGCAUGCCACCCACCUCCUCCUUCCACUCUUGUGCUAUUAUUAAUUUACUGUUCAGUUUUUAUGAUUAUUUUAUUUUUGGUCUGUCGGCCUUGAUUGACGAUUACGUUGUACCCCAUAAUGCAUGUUGUGCUUGUGCCUACUGUGAGGUUUUGUUUAACAAUAAAAUAAAAGUGACUUCCACUGAACACGUCCCUCUACUGUAUAUGUGGUUGAAUCUGGUCAAAAAGCAAUCAGCAGUACGAUCAAAUCAACAGAGAUUGCCUCUUACCUGACUAUGAAUGAACAUCUUAAAAUGCAUUUGAAAUUAUACAUGGAUGGGUUUGCAUUCAUGGCAUGAAUAACAGACAAAGGUAUUAUUUUUUGAAUUUAAAGCAACAAUGAUGCUAAAUUGUCCAUAUGCUCAUGACAUGUGAUUAGCCAUGUGAGACAGCUCCCCCAGAGGUCCUAAGGUGAAUAUAUCAGUCUUCUCAUCAUUAUCUAUUUUAGCCAAGGGUCCCCCUUUCCACACGUAACUGAGAUUCUGUUGUCUUCCUCCCUCACUCCCAACCUCCCUCUUCUCUUCCAGAGCCACUCCGUUGGUAGCCAUGUUGCCCCAAGUGGAGUCCCCCAAGUGGAAAGCCCCCCAAGUGGAGCCCCCCAAGUGGAAAGCCCCCAGUGUCACAAUGAGCAACCCUGCUAAAGGUGUGUGUGCGCGUAUUGACUUACCUGUAUGUGUAACUUAUGCUUAUUAUUAUUAUUAUUAUUGCUCAUGUGUGGUCUGUUUUGUGGUUUGUUUGUGUUUACCUAUGUGUGUGUCCAUGUCCCCAGGGCGCUCAGGAUCUGAGUCGGAGGCAAGUUAUGCGUCCGUCCCUCGACGGCAGUCUGUAGACAGCUCCAGCUCCAGCUCCAGGGUAUCCAAGAACAGAUACAGGUCAGGCUGACAGACACCACACCAACCCUUCUACAACAUUGGCACACAUACACGUUUAGUCAAAAUGGUUUCAAUAGUUGUCUGCUUCAGUGCACUAGAUUCUCUGAAGAUAAAGCCAGGAUGCUAGACUGGUUAGUCUACUUAUACAAGGAACUGGGUGAACACUUAAAACAACACUGACACAUUAACAUACAGUGCCUUCAGGUUAAAUUUAGAUUUUUUUUGUCACUGGCUUACACACAAUACCCCAUAAUGUCAAAGUGGAAUGAUGUUUUUCAAAUGUUUUAGAAAUGUAUAAAAAAUGAAAAGCUGAAAUGUCUUGAGUCAAUAAGUAUUCAAGCCUAAAUCAGUUCAGGAGUAAAAAUGUGCUUAACAUGUCACAUAAUAAGUUGCAUGGACGAUUUUUGAAUAACUACCUCAUCUCUGUACCCCACACAUACAAUUAUCUGUAAGGUCCCUCAGUCGAGCAGUGAAUUUCAAACACAGAUUCAACCACAAGGACCAGGGAGGUUUUCCAAUGCCUUGAAAAGAAGGGCACCUAUUGGUAGAUGGGUUAAAAAAAAGUAGACAUUGAUUAUCCCUUUGAGCAUGGUGAAGUUAUUAAUUACACUUUGGAUCGUGUAUCAAUACAGCCAGUCAUUACAAAAGAUACAGGCGUCCUUCCUAACUCAGUUGCCGGAGAGGAAGGAAACCGCUCAGGGAUUUCACCAUGAGGCCAAUGGUGACUUAAAAAAAGUUACAGAGUUUAAUGGCUGUGAUAGGAGAAGGAUGGAUCAACAACAUUGUAGUUACUACACAAUCUAACCUAAUUGACAGUGAAAAGAAGGAAGCCUGUACAGAAUACAAAUAUUCAAAAACAUGCAUCCUGUUUGCAACAAGGCACUAAAGUAAUACUGCAAAAAAUGUGGCAAAGCAAUUAACUUUUUAUCGUAAAUACAAAAUGUUAUGUUUGGGGCAAAUCCAAUACAACACAUUACUGAGUACCACUCUCCAUAUUUUCAAGCAUAGUGGUGGCUGCAUAGUUAUGGGUAUUCUUGUAAUCGUUAAGGACUGGGGAGUUUUUCAGGAUAAAAAAGAAACAGAAUAAUGCUAAGCACAGGCAAAAUUCUAGAGGAAAACCUGGUUCAGUCUGCUUUCCACCAGACACUGGGAUAUGAAUUCACCUUUCAUCAGGACAAUAACCUAAAACACAAGGCCAAAUCUAGUGGCCGGGUUAGUUUUGACUUAAUUCUGCUUGAAAAUCUAUGGCAAGACAUGAAAAUGGUUGUCUAGCAAUGAUCAACAUCCAAUUUGACAGAGCUUGAAGAAUUUUGAAAAGAAUAAUAGGCAAAUAUUGUACAAUCCAGGUGUGGAAAGCUCUUAGAGACUUACCCAGAAAGACUCACAGCUGUAAUUGCUGGGGUGUGAAUACUUAUGUAAAUGACAUAUUUAUGCAUUUCAUUUUCAAUACAUUUGCAAACAUUUUGCUCUAAUCCAUUUUUAAUUCAGGCUGUAACACAACAAAAUUUGGAAUAAGUCAAGGGGUAUGAAUACUUUCUGAACGCAGAGGUCAGAAACAGGCCAAAACCGGCCCACAAGUGUUGUUUUUUUGGCCCCCCCUCCCAAAGUUUGUAGUAAAAAAAAUAGCCAAGAAUUCGGUUAAAUUAUUUUAAUUUAGAAAAUCUGUUCCCAAGUAUUCCUACAAAUAAAAAGAUGUGAUCGUGUCUCAAUGUAAUCAGAGUAUGAAAUUACUUAUUUUCAAAUACAACCUCUUUUUGGGCUUACUUGUGGUCAAUUUGUUGGGUACACAUUUUUAUUUACAUUUACAUUUUAGUCAUUUUACAUUUUAGUCAUUUAGCAGACGCUCUUAUCCAGAGCGACUUACAGUUAGUGAAUACAAUUUUUUUAUUUUUUUAUACUGGCCCCCCGUGGGAAUUGAACCCACAACCCUGGCGUUGCAAACGCCAUGCUCUAUCAACUGUGCUACAUCCCUGCCGGCCAUUCCCUCCCCUACCCUGGACGACGCUGGGCCAAUUGUGCGCCGCCCAUGAGUCUCCCGGUCGCGGCCGGCUGCGACAGAGCCUGGAUUCGAACCAGGAUCUCUAGUGGCACAGUUAGCACUGCGAUGCAGUGCCUUAGACCACUGCGCCACUCAGGAGACCACUGGCCCCACGACCAUCCACUCGGACAAAAUCGUCCCGCGGCUGAAUCUAGUAGCCUAUCCCUGACAUACAGUGCCUUCGGAAAGUAUUCAGACCCCUUGACAUUUUCCACAUUUUGUUACGUUACAGCCUUAUUCUAAAAUGGAUUAAAUUGUUUUUUCCCCUCAUCAAUCUACAUGCAAUACCCCAUAAUGACAAAGCAAAAACUGGUUUUUAGAGUUUCUCCCAUUCUUCUCUGCAUAUCCUCUCAGGUUGGAUGGGGAGCGUUGCUGCAUAGCUAUUUUCAGGUCUCUCUACAGAUGUUCGAUCAGGUUCAAGUCCGGGCUCUGGCUGGGCCACUCAAAGGACAUUCAGAGACUUGUCCCGAAGCCACUCCUGUGUUGUCUUGUCUGUGUGCUUAGGGUCGUUGUGAUGUUGAAAGGUGAACCUUCGCCCCAGUCUGAGGUCCUGAGCUCUCUGGAGCAGGUUUUCAUCAAGGAUCUCUGUACUUUGCUCCGUUCAUCUUUCCCUCGAUCCUGACUAGUCUCCCAGUCCCUGCUGCUGAAAAACAUCCCCACAGCAUGAUGCUGCCACCACCAUGCUUCACUGUAGGGAUGGUGCCAGGUUUCCUCCAGACGUGACGCUUGGCAUUCAGGCCAAAGAGUUCAAUAUUGGUUUCAUCAGACCAAAGAAUCUUGUUUGUCAUGGUCUGAGAGUCUUUAGGUGCCUUUUGGCAAACUCCAAGCGAGCUGUCAUGUGUCUUUUACUGAGGAGUGGCUUCCGUCUGGCCACUCCACCAUAAAGGCCUGAUUGGUGGAGUGCUGCAGAGAUGGUUGUCCUUCUGGAAGGUUCUCCCAUCUCCACAGAGGAACUCUAGAGCUCUGUCAGAGUGACCAUCGGGUUCUUGGUCACCUCGCUAACCAAGGCCCUUCUCUCCCGAUUGCUCAGUUUGGCCGGGUGGCCAGCUCUAGGAAGAAUCUUGGUGGUUCCAAACUUCUUCCAUUUAAGAAUGAUGCAGGCCACUGUGUUCUUGGGGACCUUCAAUGCUGCAGAAAUUGUUUCGUACCCUUCCCCAGAUCUGUGCCUCGACACAAUCCUGUCUCUGAGAUAUACGGACAAUUCCUUCGACCCCAUGGCUUGGUUUUUGCUCUGACAUGCACUGUCAACUGUGGGACCUUAUAUAGACAGGUCUGUGCCUUUCCAAAUCAUGUCCAGUCAAUUGAAUUUACCACAGGUGGACUCCAAUGAAGUUGUAGAAACAUCUCAAGGAUGAUCAAUGGAAACAGGAUGCACCUGAGCUCAACUUUGAGUCUCAUAGCAAAGGGUCUGAAUACUUAUGUAAAUAAGGCAUUUCAGUGUUUUAUUUUGUAUAAAUAUGCAAAAAUGUCUAACAAACUGUUUUCGCUUUGUCAUUAUGUGGUAUUGUGUGUAGAUUGCUGAGGGAAAAAAAUGUAUUUAAUCCAUUUUAAAAUAUGGCUGUAACAUAACAAAAUGUGGAAAAAGUAAAUGGGUCUGACUGAAUACUUUCCGAAGGCACUGUACAUAGUCCUCCUGCAUGCUAAGAUCACACACUGUUUGAAGUCUGUCAAUGUCAAAAAGUCUUAUGGUAGUUGACACAGUAAGGGCAUUAUAUUGAGUGUGAUUGCUCUCUCUCUCUCCCAGAGCUCUGCAUGAGAUGAAAUCUUCUCCAACUCCAGUAGUGAGACAGGACCCCCCUCGACAAGGCAUGACCCACUCCAGACCAGUCUCAGGUCAGUGACCCUCCUGUGAAAGAUGGGCACCAUCUAAAAACAUGUAAUUUGUGGUUGGAAGGCCUGUACAUGUACAGUGCCUUCAGAAAUAAUUCAUACCCCUUGACUUAUUCCACAUUUUGUUGUUACAGCCUGAAUUCAAAAUGGAUUAAGUAGAUUUUUUUUCUCACACCCAUCUCUAACACAAUACCUCAUAAUGACUAAGGUGCUUCUACAAAGUAUUAACUCAGGGGUGUUAAUACUUAUGUAAAUUAGAUAUCUGUAUUUCAUGUUCAAUAAAUGUGAAGAAAAUUUUAAAAACAUGUUUUUACUUUGUCAUUAUGGGGUAUUGUGUGUAGAAGGGGGAGAAAACAAUCUACUGUAUUAAAUCUGUUUUGAAUUCAGGCUGUAACACAACUAAAUGUGGAAUAAGUCAAGGGGUAUGAAUACUUUCUGAAGGCAUUACAUUUUACAUUUUAGUCAUUUAGCAGACGCUCUUAUCCAGAGCGACUUACAGUUAGUGAAUACAUAUUUUCUUUAUACUGGCCCCCCGUGGGAAUUGAACCCACAACCCUGGCGUUGCAAACGCCAUGCUCUAUCAACUGAGCUACAUCCCUGCCGGCCAUUCCCUCCCCUACCCUGGACGACGCUGGGCCAAUUGUGCGCCGCCCAUGAGUCUCACGGUCGCGGCCGGCUGCGACAGAGCCUGGAUUCGAACCAUCUCUAGUGGCACAGUUAGCACUGCGAUGCAGUGCCUUAGACCACUGCGCCACUCAGGAGAUAUUGUAUGUAUCCUCAUACUCUGUGUGUUUGCCCUGUUCAGAUUCCUCUGAUUCGGACCGUGCACCCUCACCCCCUAGGAGGACUGGGAGUACAGAUGUGGAGAGCAACCACAGGUAAAACGCUAGUUUACAGUAUAUUCUAGAAACCACUAUAGACAACCAGGUAAAUAACAGUUUAAUCAACCACCAUAAACAAAAGAAAGGUCCUCUGUGACAAAAGUCACGUCACUAUUCAAGUCAAUCUGAUCACAAGUGUGUGCACACUUCCACCUUCUCUGACCUCUAACUCACUGUAGAAGCAUUAUUGUGGAAAUGUGAGUGAAUGGUACUGUAUCUCUUCCCUUGUAGUAUUCCACGCAGAGCCAAUGGCAAUGUCCGCUCUGGGAUAUCAAUGAAGAGCAACCCUCCGGUCUACUGUAAGUACCAACUCUCUUAUAUCAGCUCUCCAAUGUCCUCUAUAAUGUAUUAGUAACUCUGGAUGUAAGGUCUUAACUGUUAUUUCCAUUUCAGCCAAGACAGAGGAGCCCCUCUACUCCCUACCCCCAGACUCCAUUCCCACACCUAGCUUGGGGUGAGUUGCUUUAUUUAUACCCAUAUAGACUACAUUAAAGGGAUACUGGCAAUGAGGCCCUUUAUCUACUUCCCCAGAGUCAGAUGAACUCGUGCAUACUAUUUUUGUGUUUCUGUGUCCAGUAUGAAGGAAGUUCGUGAGCCAAUGGGUAUCUACUAGCAUCUAUGGGUAUCUACUAGCAUGCUAGGCCAAACAAAUACACUGCAAAAAAAAUUAAGGGAACACUAAAAUAACACAUCCUAGAUCUGAAUGAAUGAAAUAAUCUUAUUAAAUACUUUUUUCUUCACAUAGUUGAAUGUGCUGACAACAAAAUCACACAAAAAUUAUCAAUGGACAUCAAAUGUAUCAACCCAUGGAGGUCUGGAUUUGGAGUCACACUCAAAAUUAAAGUGGAAAACCACACUACAGGCUGAUCCAACUUUGAUGUAAUGUCCUUAAAACAAGUCAAAAUGAGGCUCAGUAGUGUGUGUGGCCUCCACGUGCCUGUAUGACCUCCCUACAAUGCCUGGGCAUGCUCCUGAUGAGGUGGUGGAUGGUCUCCUGAGGGAUCUCCUCCCAGACCUGGACUAAAGCAUCCGCCAACUCCUGGACAGUCUGUGGUGCAACGUGGCAUUGGUGGAUGGAGCGAGACAUGAUGUCCCAGAUGUGCUCAAUUGGAUUCAGGUCUGGGGAACGGGCGGGCCAGUCCAUAGCAUCAAUGCCUUCCUCUUGCAGGAACUGCUGACACACUCCUGCCACAUGAGGUCUAGCAUUGUCUUGCAUUAGGAGGAACCCAGGGCCAACCGCACCAGCAUAUGGUCUCACAAGGGGUCUGAGGAUCUCAUCUCGGUACCUAAUGGCAGUCAGGCUACCUCUGGCGAGCACAUGGAGGGCUGUGCGGCCCCCCCAAAGAAAUGCCACCCCACACCAUGACUGACCCACCGCCAAACCGGUCAUGCUGGAGGAUGUUGCAGGCAGCAGAACGUUCUCCACGGCGUCUCCAGACUCUGUCACGUCUGUCACAUGUGCUCAGUGUGAACCUGCUUUCAUCUGUGAAGAGCACAGGGCGCCAGUGGGGAAUUUGCCAAUCUUGGUGUUCUCUGGCAAAUGCCAAACGUCCUGCACAGUGUUGGGCUGUAAGCACAACCCCCACCUGUGGACGUCGGGCCCUCAUACCACCCUCAUGGAGUCUGUUUCUGACCGUUUGAGCAGACACAUGCACAUUUGUGGCCUGCUGGAGGUCAUUUUGCAGGGCUCUGGCAGUGCUCCUCCUGCUCCUCCUUGCACAAAGGCGGAGGUAGCGGUUCUGCUGCUGGGAUGUUGCCCUCCUACGGCCUCCUCCAUGUCUCCUGAUGUACUGGCCUGUCUCCUGGUAGCGCCUCCAUGCUCUGGACACUACGCUGACAGACACAGCAAACCUUCUUGCCACAGCUCGCAUUGAUGUGCCAUCCUGGAUGAGCUGCACUACCUGAGCCACUUGUGUGGGUUGUAGACUCUGUCUCAUGCUACCAGUAGAGUGAAAGCACCGCCAGCAUUCAAAAGUGACCAAAACAUCAGCCAGGAAGCAUAGGAACUGAGAAGUGGUCUGUGGUCACCACCUGCAGAACCACUCCUUUAUUGGGGGUGUCUUGCUAAUUGCCUAUAAUUUCCACCUGUUGUCUAUUCCAUUUGCACAACAGCAUGUGAAAUGUAUUGUCAAUCAGUGUUGCUUCCUAAGUGGACAGUUUGAUUUCACAGAAGUGUGAUUGACUUGGAGUUACAUUGUGUUGUUUAAGUGUUCCCUUUAUUGUUUUGAGCAGUGUAUAAUAUGACUAAAACAUUAAUUUUAAACCUUGCUUACAUUUGUAUACGAUUUUUGUUUGUUUUUCGGCUCCGAAAACUUUCGGAGGCCAAAUAAAGUCACCCGCGGGCCAAAAUCGGCCCGCAGGCUGCCAGUAGGAGAACCCUGCUAUAGUCUGUUGAAUAUAAGACAAUGCUCCUUUUCAUUAAUACUCAUUUUGAUUUGACUCCUUUUUUAAACCUGUAUUUACUCUGUAGAUACAGCUCAGAUCUGAACACAGUGUCGUUUGUGAAGGAGGGGAGCGUUGGCCUGAGACUGGUGGGAGGCAACGACGUGGGCAUCUUUGUGGACGGGGUUCAGCCUAACAGCCCAGCCCAGGAGCAGGGCAUUAAGGAGGGGGACCAGAUCAUGAAGGUGAGACCCACUGAUCACAGCAGCGGUCACCACCGGUACAGGGUGUGCAGGCUUUUGUUCUAGCCCAGUACUAACACAGCUGAUUCAACUAAGAUCUUGAUUAGUUUAUUCCGUUUUUUUUAUUUUUAAUGCUGUGUAAGUAAAAGCCUGUACACACUGUAGCUCUUUGGUGUUGGUGACCACUGAGGUGCUGAUUUACAGUACAAGUAGAUGCAACACGUCUUUCACCGCUUAUGGUCUUGUUGUAGGUGAAUGGGGUGGAUUUUGGUCAUUUCAACCGUGAGGAAGCUGCAAUGUUCCUGAUCAACAUCAAGAGAGGGGAGCCGGUGGACAUCCGUACUCAGAACAAGAUGGACAGUGAGUACUACUUCAGAGACUGAAGCAGAUGCAGGGGGGGGAAGAAUUGUAGUUGAUUUCAGAGGAUUUGUCCAUGUGACGUUUUCUAUGGAAUUACUUUGGUAUUAACUCUACCCAGUAAUAAGGGACAUACAAAUGAUAAAGUUAUUCCUAAAUGACUAAGUUAUUCUUCCUCUCUUGUCAGUUUACAAGAAGAUCCUGAAGUCCAACCUGGGGGACUCGUUCUACGUCCGGACCCACUAUGACAAUGAGGUGGAGGGCAACAUCGGCCUAGCCUUCACCAGGGGAGAGGUGUUCAGGGUGGUGGACACCAUGCACAAGGGCAAGCUGGGCAAGUGGCUGGCUAUACGCAUGGGCAACGACCUGCAUGAGCUGGACAAGGGCACCAUCCCCAACCAGGCCAGGUGAGUUGAGACUAGAAUGAUUGAUUGGUUGGUUGGUUUAUUCAUUCAUUGAUUGGUUGGAUUUGGAUGUAAAAAGACAAAUGUAUAAAGAUACAUAUGGUUACAGAGCAUGACACCUGAGAGUGCACUAUGCUACUGCACUAUUUUCCAAUGUGUACACUUACAGUAGAUACUGUCAUUAGGGUUGCUUUUAUUCUACAAUAAUUAUAUUACAGCAUCAUUUACAUGGUAUUUCCUCUCCGUCUCUCUCUCAGGGCCGAGACUCUGGCCAGUAUGGAGCAGGCUCAGAGGGCCAGUGGAGGAGGGGAUCGCCACGUCUCAGGGCCCAGGGCAGAGUUUUGGAAACUACGGGGGCUCAGAGGGGCCAAGAAGAACAUCCGCAGGACUCGUGAUGACCUGCUCCAGCUCACCAUCCAGGGCAAAUUCCCAGCAUAUGAGAGAGUUCUGCUCAGAGAAGGUAGGGACAGUUUUAUUUUGCAUAAUAGUUCACAUAAUAGUCAAACACUUUAAACACAUGUACACCCUUUUGACCCAUGUGGCGCUCCAGCUAAUUUCAAACGGCCAAUCGUCAUCCUGGGUCCUCUGAACGAUGUGGCCAUGGAGAAGCUGGCCAGAGAGAUGCCUGACGAAUAUGAGGUGGCAGAGAUGGCUCCUCAUAGUAGUGGCGCAGACACCACUUCCACAGUCAUCAAGCUGGACACAGUACGAAGGAUUGCAGAGAAGGUGAUGAAACAAACUGGGAUGUGACCUGUUUUGGUGUGAGACAGAGCAGACGUACAACUGCUGUAUGCUUGUUUGAAUCCAGGACCAGAAUUGAAGAAAAAUGCCUUGUAUGUUUCUUCACUCUCUGUUUCCAGAACAAGCACCCUCUACUGGAUAUUACUCCUACUGCAGUGGAGCGUCUGAACUACAUCCAGUACCACCCCAUGGUGCUGUUCCUGGACCCACACAGCAGGAAGGACGUCAAGGCCAUGAGGCAGAGGAUGUGCCCCAACUCCAACAAGAGCUCCAGACGCCUCUACGCACAGGCCCUCAAGAUGAGGAAGCACUGCAGCCAUCUGUUCGCAGGUAAACCACACGCCUGUGUUAUCAAAACACAUACAUGUUGUUUUUGCUCUUAAGUGGUUUAUCUGUAAAAAAUAGUUUUAUUAAUAAAUAUGUCCCAUCAUUCCCAUUCUUCCCAGCUCGUAUUGAUCUCCAGCCCAGCUCUAAUGUGUGGUAUGAGACUCUGAAAGACAAGAUUAGACACCAGCAGGCCAAACCUGUCUGGGUCUCAGAAGUCACGGUAAGACAGACAGAUCCCAGCUCACAGUCAAACCGGGAAUUUGCUCUCACUGAAUUACCUGGCGGAAUAAAGACCAAAAUAAGUAAAUAAAUGUCUGUCUGUGUGUUUAGUUGGAGGGAGGCGGAGAGGAGGAGCUGGAUGCAUUGGACCGGACCCACUCGGACUACCUGAGUGCUGCCAGUGAACUGGAGGACACAGACGGAGAGGCGUUUACAGACGGAGAGGUCUACACUGACAAUGAGGACCUGGAGGAACCAUUUAAUGCCAGCAACCAGUCCAGGCUCACCGCUCUAGCCCGCUCUUCAGAGCCUGCCUCUGAGUACUACAGCCCCGGCCCCUCCCCCGAGCCUCUGAGAGAGGUUCCACCCCUGAUGCAUGUGUCUGAGCCCAGAUCAACCCGUUGUCCAUCUGACGGCCCUCCUCGCGGUGACCUUGCUGAUGACACCCCGUCCUAUCAUAGCUUCUCAGAUUCGGACUUCAGUACCAUUGACCAGGCUGUUCCGACCACCCCCUCGGACACACCCCCUGACUUCAUAGCCCCUGACCCCAGAAUCUCUGUCCCUGAGCCCCAGUUGGCCGAGCUGCUGCCAGAGAGCCCCCCAGCCGUCACACUGUCAGUCAUAGAGAAGAAACUCCAACAGGUACUGAUGGGACUGUCACAGUCCAGCAUAGCACAAACUCUUACAGAUCCUCUAUAAGCUCUUAGUGUACUUCUAAAGCAGGGUUCUUCAAUCCUGGUCCUGGAGGGCCGAGACACCUCUGUUUUUCAUCCUCUCCUUCUAAUCAGGGGCUAAUUCAGACCUGGGACACCAGGUGAGUGCAAUUAACUACCAGGUAGAAAUAAAAAACAGAAGUGUUUCGGCCCUCCAGGACCAGGAUUGAAGAACCCUGCUCUAAAGGCUCAAAUACUCUUAACUUAGUCUCCAGUGAUUUUGACCCAUGACCUCUUCCCCUCUUUCAGACCCGUAUGGCAGAAUCUCAGGAGAGGAAAGCAUCCCCAUCGUUCAUUGUGUAAGUGAAGUAGACCUACUCUACCAGUCAAAAGUUUGGACACACCUGCUCAUUCAAGGGUUUUUCUUUAUUUUUACUAUUUUUUACAUUGUAGAAUAAUAGUAAAGACAUCAAAACUAUGAAAUAACACAUAUGGAAUCAUGUAGUAAACAAAAAAGUGUUAAACAAAUCUUCAAAUAGCCACCCUUUGCCUUGAUGACAGCUUUGCACACUCUUGGCAUUCUCUCAACCAGCUUCACCUGGAAUGCUUUUCCAACAGUUUUGAAGGAGUUCCCUCAUAUGCUGAGCACUUGUUGGCUGCUUUUCCUUCACUCUGCGGUCUGACUCAUCCCAAACCAUCUCAAUUGGCUUGAGGUCGGGGGAUUGUGGAGGCCAGGUCAUCUGAUGCAGCACUCCAUCACUCUCCUUCUUGGUAAAAUAGCCCUUACACACCCUGGAGGUGUGUUGGGUCAUUGUCCUGUUGAAAAACAAAUGAUAGUCCCACUAAGCCCAAACCAGAUGGGAUGGCGUAUCGCUGCAGAAUGCUGUGGUAGCCAUGCUGGUUAAGUGUGCAGCAAAGCACCCUCACACCAUAACACCACCUCCUCCAUGCUUUACGGUGGGAAAUACACAUGCGAAGAUCCUCCGUUCUCCCACACCGCGUCUCACAAAGACAAGGCGGUUGGAAUCAUAAAUCUCCAAUUUGGACUCCAGACCAAAGGACCAAUUUCCACCAGUCUAAUGUCCAUUGCUCGUGUUUCUUGGCCCAAGCAGGUCUCUUCUUAUUAUUGGUCUCCUUUAGUAGUGGUUUCUUUGCAGCAAUUCAACCAUGAAGGCCUGAUUCACACAGUCCCCUCUGAACAGUUGAUGUUGAGAUGUGUCUGUUACUUGAACUCUGUGAAGCAUUUAUUUGGGCUGCAAUUUCUGAGGCUGGUAACUCUAAUGCACUUAUCCUCUGCAGCAGAGGAACUCUGGGUCUUCCAUUCCUGUGGCCAGUUUCAUCAUAGUGCUUGAUGGUUUAUGCGACUGCACUUGAAGAAACGUUAAAAGUUCUUUAAAUUUUCCGUAUUGACUGACCUUCAUGUCUUAAAGUAAUGAUGGACUGUCGAUUCUCUUUGCUUAUUUGAGCUGUUCUUGCCAUAAUAUGGACUUGUCAUUUACCAAAUAGGGCUAUCUUCUGUAUUACCCCACCCCCCGCCCUUGUCACAACAGAACUGAUUGGCUCAAACGCAUUAAGAAGGAAAGAAGCCCUGUUAUUUUAUUUUACUUCUGCUCUUUUUUUCUCAACACUUUUUUGUUUUAUUUUACUUUUUUAUUAAAAAAUAAAUGCAUUGUUGGUUAAGGGCUGUAAGUAAGCAUUUCACGGUAAUGUCUACACCUGUUGUAUUCGGCGCAUGUGGCAAAUACAUUUUGAUUUGAUUUGAAAUUCCACAUUAACUUUUAAGGCGGCACACCUGUUAAUAGAAAUGCAUUCCAGGUGACUACCUCAUAAAGCUGGUUGAGAGAAUGCCAACAGUGUGCAAAGCUGUCAUCAAGGCAAAAGGGUGGCUAUUUGAAGAAUCUCAAAUAUAAAAUAUAUUUUGAUUUGUUUAACACUUUUUUUGGUUACUACAUUAUUCCAUACAGUGCCUUGCCAAAGUAUUCAUGCCCCUUGGCGUUUUUCCUAUUUUGUUGCAUUACAACCUGUAAUUUAAAUGGAUUUUUAUUUGGAUUUCAUGUAAUGGACAUACACAAAAUAGUCCAAAUUGGUGAAGUGAAAUGAAAAAAAGAACUUAUUUCAAAGAAUUCUAAAAAAUAAAUAACGGUGAAGUGGUGCGUGCAUAUGUAUUCACCCCCUUUGCUAUGAAGUCCCUAAAUACGAUCUGGUGCAACCAAUUACCUUCAGAAGUCACAUAAUUAGUUAGAUUGCACACAGGUGGACUUUAUUUAAGUGUCACAUGAUCUCAGUAUAUAUACACCUGUUCUGAAAGGCCCCAGAGUCUGCAACACCACUAAGCAAGGGGUACCAUGAAGACCAAGGAGCUCUCCAAACCUGUCAGGGAUAAAGUUGUAGAGAAGUACAGAUCAGGGUUGGGUUAUAAAAAAAAUAUCAGAAACUUUGAACAUCCCACGGAGCACCAUUUUAAAUCCAUUAUUAAAAAAUGGAAAGAAUAUGGCACCACAACAAACCUGCCAAGAGAGGGCCGCCCACCAAAACACACGGACCCGGCAAGGAGGGCAUUAAUCAGAGAGGCAACAAAGAGCUGCAAAGCUGCAAAAGCUCCACAGCGGAGAUUGGCGUAUCUGUCCAUAGGACCACUUUAAGCCAUACACUCCACAGAGCUGGGCUUUACGGAGGAGUGGCCAGAAAAAAGCCAUUGCUUAAAGAAAAACAUAAGCAAACACGUUUGGUGUUCACCAAAAGCAAUGUGGGAGAUUCCCCAAACAUAUGGAAGAAAGUACUCUAGUCAGAUGAGACUAAAAUUGAGCUUUUUGGCCAUCAAGGAAAACGCUAUGUCUGGCGCAAACCCAACACCUCUCAUCACCCCGAGAACACCAUCCCCACAGUGAAGUAUGGUGGUGGCAGCAUCAUGCUGUAAGUCGCUCUGGAUAAGAGCGUCUGCUAAAUGACUAAAAAUGUAAAUGUAAAUGCUGUGGGUAUGUGUUUCAUUGGGCUCCCGAGUUGCGCAGCGGUCUAAGGCACUGCAUCUCAGUGCUUGAGGCGUCACUACAGAUCCCCUGGUUCGAUUCCAGGCUAUAUCACAACCGGCCGUGAUUGGGAGUCCCAUAGGGCGGUGCACAAUUGGCCCAGCUUCGUCCGGGUUUGGCCGGUGUAGGCCGUCAUUGUAAAUAAGAAUUUGUUCUUAACUGACUUGCCUAGUUAAAUAAAGGUACAAAAUAAAAUACAAAUCGGCAGGGACUGGGAAACUGGUCAGAAUUGAAGGAAUUAUGGAUGGCGCUAAAGACAGGGAAAUUCUUGAGGGAAACCGGUUUCAGUUUUCCAGAGAUUUGAGACUGGGACGGAGGUUCACCUUCCAGCAGGACAAUGACCCUAAGCAUACUGCUAAAGCAACACUUCAGUGGUUUAAGGGGAAACAUUUAAAUGUCUUGGAAUGGCCUAGUCAAAGCCCAGACCUCAAUCCAAUUGAGAAUCUGUGGUAUGACUUAAAGAUUGUUGUACACCAGCGGAACCCAUCCAACUUGAAGGAGGUGGAGCAGUUUUGCCUUGAAGAAUGGGCAAAAGUCCCAGUGGCUAGAUGUGCCAAGCUUAUAGAGACAUACCCCAAGAGAUUUGCAGCUGUAAUUGCUGCAAAAGGUGGCUCUACAAAGUAUUGACUUUUGGUGGGUGAAUAGUUAUGCACGCUCAAGUUUUCUGUUUUUUUGUCUUAUUUCUUGUUUGUUUCACAAUAAAAACAUAUUUUGCAUCUUCAAAGUGGUAGGCAUGUUGUGUGAAUCAAAUGAUGCAAACCCCCCAAAAACUCCAGGUUGUAAGGCAACAAAAUAGGAAAAAUGUGAAUACUUUCGCAAACCACUGUAUGUGUUAUUUCAUAGUUUUGAUGUCUUCACUAUUAUUCUACAAUGUAGAAAAUAGUCAAAUUAAAGAAAACCCUGGAUUGAGUAGGUGUUUCCAAACUUUUGACUGGUACUGUAUAUCUGAUAAUAUUAAUUUGUGUGAUGCUGUUUGUUCAAUUGCAUAGUCAUCAAAAUGCGUGUCUAUAAACCAACCUUAGCAAUUGAGCAACUACUCCAGUCCUAGUCCAACUUCUUCUAUCCAAGUUGAGUAAGACUGAAGUGACAGUUAGUAAUGCCCUCUUUCUCUUCUAUCUCCUGAUAGGUUGGCUCACCACCAGGCUGUCCAGACGAGACGCACUCGGAUCCGAGGCAGUGACAGCUCUGACAAUGAAGAGACUGAUGACAUCGAGUGGGGUCCAGCUACAGAACUUUAGAUUAGAGCACACCAUUCCAGAACUAUAACUCUAGAGAGCAUAGACAACGGCCGUGUUCGAGAGCAUCAAAACCGUGAUGUGACUGACUGACUGAUCUACAAAUAACAAUCAGUCGCUAUUUAUGAUACAAAGUUCAGUUAGUCGGCAGUCGCCUGCACUGUCUGCUACAAUGUCAUAGCCUCUUAAAUGUGAAUUUCUCUCAACUUCAACCUUCAAGGAUCACUUGUUUUUUUCUUCUUCUAUUGGACCAACAUUUUCUUUGGAGAGUUAAGUUGGAGGGCCAAUGCUAGGGCUGCCUUCCGACAUGGGAAUGCAGGCAAUGGCUUCCGCAGACAAGGGCUCACACCUUUCUAAAUGCCUAAUUCCAAGAGAGGAAGAUGUUUCAUUUUGCUGGAAAUUCUAAUAAAAAAACUCAGGGUUUUUGUAUUUAUACAACUUGCAGUAAAGUAUUAUGUACCUUUUUAAUAAAUGCUAUUUUUAAAAUCAAAACUAUGGAGAUACCAACCCCGGCAACAGUUUUGCUGUCAAGGAUGUCAUUUGAACUAAAAACAUUUUAAAGCUGGAAUCCUUAAUUGAAACAAUAACAGUGGUCACCCCACCUUUGGGGUCAAAACGAGUGCUAUGUAUGCAAGGACUGACCACUGGAUGAUAUAAAAAUAUAUAGUUUUAACCAUAUUGCGGCUAUACAGUGUUUGUUUACAU